GUAGCUGCACGUGACAGGCCUGGGACUACGGCAGGUUCCCACGUGAUCCUGGCCUGCAGUAGCGUGGCUGCAGUGAGGUUCCUGCGCUCCUGAAGGGCGGGCGCGGAAGUAAAGACGGCCUCAGGCGGAUUCUUACUGGCGGCGAGAUCGGGAAGAGCCACCAGGCGGUGACCGCUUUGCUUCUGCAGCUCGGGUCAGCUCAUUCCGUUACCCCAGCCUUCGCGGGCUGCACAGAGGAGGACCAAGUUACCUUUGGGUCUUGAGACCUUGGGGAGCGGGGCCCAAACUCGGGACCAACUCCUCAUCCCCCUUGCCCUCCCUCUCCUGCAUCUCUUCCAUUGCACGCACGGAAUCGCUUGUGCCUUUGGGCUGGCCUCCUCAGCCGUGCCUGGAGACUUAAGUUCGGGUCGGUAAAGGUAACCGUGGGAAAAGCGGCCCCCCAGUGGACAAAGGCAGAGGCAGGGAUAGAGCAGGCCCUACGGGCCGCGGGCGGUGUGCAUAGGCAGUUGAGGAGGUGAGCCAGAAGAAAAGAGUACUGCGGAUUUAGAAGGCACUGUGAAGGACUUGUUGCGCGAUGGAAGAAUCUGACUCCGAGAAAAAGACGGAGAAAGAAAAUCUGGGCCCUGGAGUGCAGCCUCCACUCGGGGAACCGGAAGGAUCGCUUGGGUGGACAAUGCCAAAUGCAUCCAUGAAGAAAAAGGUGCUGUUGAUGGGUAAAAGUGGAUCUGGUAAGACCAGCAUGAGGUCUAUUAUCUUUGCAAAUUACAUUGCCAGAGAUACACGUCGCCUUGGUACAACAAUACUAGACCGUAUACAUAGUCUUCAAAUUAAUAGCAGUUUGAGCACCUACUCUCUCGUAGACUCUGUUGGAAAUACAAAGACAUUUGAUGUAGAACAUUCUCAUGUUCGAUUUCUGGGAAACCUGGUUUUGAACCUGUGGGAUUGUGGUGGACAAGACACCUUCAUGGAAAAUUAUUUCACUAGCCAGCGUGACAACAUCUUUCGAAAUGUUGAGGUUCUGAUUUAUGUCUUUGAUGUGGAGAGCCGCGAACUUGAGAAGGACAUGCACUACUAUCAGUCAUGUCUUGAGGCCAUUCUGCAGAAUUCUCCAGAAGCCAAAAUCUUUUGCUUGGUACACAAAAUGGAUUUGGUACAGGAGGAUCAACGAGACUUGAUUUUUAAAGAACGAGAAGAAGACUUAAGGCGUUUAUCUCGUCCAUUAGAAUGUUCUUGUUUCCGAACAUCUAUCUGGGAUGAAACUCUGUAUAAGGCUUGGUCCAGCAUUGUUUAUCAGCUGAUUCCCAAUGUUCAACAACUGGAAAUGAACCUACGGAAUUUUGCUGAAAUUAUUGAAGCUGAUGAAGUGCUUCUGUUUGAGAGAGCUACCUUUCUGGUCAUUUCUCAUUAUCAGUGUAAAGAACAGCGUGAUGCCCACAGAUUUGAGAAAAUCAGCAACAUUAUUAAGCAGUUCAAGCUGAGCUGUAGCAAGCUGGCUGCCUCUUUCCAGAGUAUGGAAGUGAGGAACUCUAACUUUGCUGCUUUCAUUGACAUAUUCACAUCCAACACUUACGUCAUGGUCGUGAUGUCUGAUCCAUCCAUUCCUUCUGCAGCUACUCUGAUCAACAUCCGCAAUGCCAGGAAACACUUUGAAAAGCUGGAGAGAGUGGAUGGACCAAAACAGUGUCUUCUCAUGCGCUAAACAUUGCCGAAUAUUGUUUCACACAAAAAAUUGAAACACUGUUUCUUUAUUGUUGUACUCCUAUGUGUAGACUCUAAAAUACUGUGAUGCUUACCACUUCUGUAUUUCUUCUCUACUCCCCAGUCUUACCGUUUAACUUUGAAUGCUAUUUAUUCAAAUAGCCAGUGAGGAGUUACAAGAUCGGGUGUCCAUGAAGUUGGUGUAACGUAUACGUAGGUGAUAAUAUGUAAGUGUUCUGAUAACAUGAUUCUAAUAGAUAGUGUUUGUGUUCUGAUAACCUGCUUCCAAUAGUUGUGUAUGCCAAAGUCCUUCCCAGCAUCCUCUUGUAUUCAUUAUCAAAUAUAUACUUGUAAGUUUAAAGUAUUACUGUUUUCUCAGCAUGAACUAAAAAUAUUCCGUAACUCAGCUAGGCAUGGUAGUUCAUGCCUAUAAUCCCAGCAUUUGGGAAGCAGAGGCAAGAGGAUUGCUGUAAGUUUGAGGCCAGCCUGUCUGCAUAGGGAGGUCCAGGCCAGCCAGGGAUAUAUAUCAAGGUCUUGUCUAAAAAAAUCAUAUAUAUGUGUGUGUAUGUAUACAGAUACAUACACAUAUAUAUGUAUUCCUUAACUCUGAUUGUAAAUAAAUGUUUGCUGUUAGGGAUUUCAGUGUGUGUGUUUCUUUUUCUUAUAUCUUGAACUUUGCACUAAGGGUUAAAAGUUUCAUUUAUUCUAGAGAAGAGAACUUGCUUAUUGGAAAACAGUAUAAAUAAAGCUAACUGAAGAAUGGAGCCAGAUUUUAGCCCAGGAAUGACUUUAAAUGUCUGAUAUCUGUGAUUUUUCAGUUAAAAGAAAAACAUAAGAAGCUACUGAGCAAGAUAAUUAUAUGAAAUCAAUGUUUAAAAAUAACUUGUCUAUGCUGUAUGGACUGGUAGCAGUUGGAGAAACUAUGUUAGUAAUCCAGGCCUGAUCUGGAUUGAAAGUCUCCAGUGCUGGUCAGAUAGCUCAGUGGAUAAAAGCCCUGACCACCAGGCCAGGUGAGCGGAGGUCCAUUUCCAAAAACUAUAUGGUAGAAGGUGAAGACAGAUUCCUGCAAGUUCUCCUGUGAUCUCUACAUGCAUGCCUACGUGUAUAAAUGCACAUACAGAGACACACUGAAUAAAUAAAAAUUUAAAUGUUUAAAAAGUCAGUUCAAAGAAGUAAUUAAUAAAUGAAUGAAUGAAUAAAAUCAUGAUGAAAAGUAAGAUUUACAAGGUCCAGCAGUGGUUACUAUUUUAUUUAUAUAUUCUGUGACACCAAAUGCACCUUAAAAUAUUAACUAGAAUUGCUGUAACCUCUAACCUUUUAAGUUCCAUUAACAUUACAACAAAACACACAGGCACACAUUUAGGAAAUACACAACCCUAUGGACUCAUCUCAUUGCUCCUGUACUUCAUAGAAUAAAAUGUUGUCCAAUGCUGGGUUGUGCCUUUAGGCUACAUAGAGAAAUGCUGUCUCAAAAAGUCAAAAGAAAUAAAUGUCUUCCAGCAUCAGUCUUUCCCAUCUUGAUUUUUUAUCAUUACCAGUUGAGAAAUAAGUAGUUUUUAUUAAGUAGCAAAGAGUAUGUUUUUAAGUAGCCUAUGUUGCAUAGACUCAAAAAAACUUCAUGGGAGUAAUUUUAGAAUCUGUAUUAAUGCACAAGAGAAAUCUUUCAGGUAUAUAUUCUAGACUCUUCAUCCUAUUAGCAUGUAGGAAAAUAAAAAUACCAAAUGAAUAGAGGUCUGUUCAAUAACUACUGUGAGUCAUGGUUUGGCUUGUUCUUGUCUUUAGUGUUUAGGAUGGAAUUUUGAAGGAAAUGUUUGACAGGUUUCUUUAAGUAGUUAGAUAGACCAUGAAAACAUGUAUUUGGAAGUAGGUGGAUAAAAAUAAAAAAAUAGAGUUGUGAAAAUGA